AUGCCAUCCGGGCACAGCGAUUUGACAGGCUUCAGUCGGAGUAGUUCAGCCGAUUGGGUGGAGGAGAAGAAGGAUGAGGAGAAGGAGAAGGAGGAGGAGGAGGAGGAGGAGGAGGAGGAGGAGAAGGGUGAGAGAAGGAGGAAUACGGAGAGAGGGGUGAGACAUUACUUGACAUACGGGUGAAAGAACAGAAAAAAAUUGGCUCUCAUUUGCAGACGAUCCGAAAGACAUUUGAAAGGAGGGAUUCUUUGACCUGGUCGUCAGUCUCCAUUGCUCCGUCUAGGGAAUUAAGGACAGUGAUCUGAGCCCGAUUUAUUUAGUGUUCCUUAUGCAAUCUGACAGGAUUUUGAGGUGUCCCCGCGAAGUUUGCAAUGUGUCCACUUCGAGCUUCCCUCGAAGUUCAGUAACCUUACUUUACAAAUUUUGCGUUGUCUCUUAUAUUCCUGCAAGUUCCCCUCAGAACCGUUGACUUUUUCACGCCUCCUAAAACGAUUUCCUCUGUUGAAUUAGCUAUCAAGCUUGAGUUUAUCCACGUAGGGAGUUUUUUGAUUAUUUCUCUUCUGUGAGGACAUUUGAGGUCAACGAGUCUCAACAGAAACCAACUGAAAGUCCUCCAAUUGUCAUUUAUUCCACCAUGCAAUUCUGUUUUCCAUGACACCUCUCUGACACACCUAUUCUCAUAAGUGUGGUAUUCCCCCCCCCCCUCCCGCCCCCAUCCCCAAAUACAUCCCUCCCACUUAUUAGUCGAAGUUAGUUUGAAAAACAAAGCAAGUUAUGAGAAUGGCAUCGUGAUAAAAAGUUUUGUUAAAUAGCGGUAUGCCAUCGGACGCGUUAACGGCUCGACGCAGUAAGCGGAUACACUGAUCCCUAACAGUUCCACUUCCCAUACCGACUGUGUACAUCAGCCAUAGCUGUUAACUCGCAAGUGGCAGAGAUUGGUCUAUCAUUUCUCAACAGUUGGUAUCCACUAUGUGAUAUUUUGGACUCUUCAGUAUCUGCAGACAGACUUAUUUCUGCGAGAACCAUGAUGUCUGGUUUAGUUUCAUUAAAUUAGUUUCUAAGUCCGCCCAGUUUUUUGAAUAGGCUUUAUAAUUCGCGGAAGUGACAUUUAAUGACUGUCUUCGUUGUGACGAGUUUUGUCCAUUUGAAUGAAUCCUUGGUCUGAAUUUAUGGACAUCUUUGGCUUUCGGUCCUUCAUCUCCUCUGCCCAUCCUAGCCCUAAUUUCUACGCUCAGUUCCUUCAUUUUCAGUCUUUUCCUCGGUUCUUAGUUUGACUGAAAAGCAUCUCUUCAUGCGAUCCCUGUGAGGCCAUUCUUCCUUCUAACAGAGACGCUGCUUGAGUUUCUUUUUUUAAAAUAAUUUUCAGAGGCCUUGGCAAUGCUGUCAGGUCACGGCCUAGUUGGAGAGUUUCUAGUACGGUGAAAAGUUCUUCACCCAUUAGGUCAACACUGAUAGAUCCAUGAAGAAGAUCAAGGUCGUGUGUCACCCGUUCGUGCGGAGUUCAUGGCGUAGAUUUUGAGCCAUAAUUCACAUCAGUCUCGCUUAAGAUUUAAUCGGAAGUUGUCUAUUUCACCGUCCGCGUCAGGACGAUGUCCCGCCACUGCGACAUAUCGACAUCUUUCAUCUUUGGAGUUCCGAGGCCAAAUUAGUGCAUGACGUGCUAGCUUCGGCCUAGGAACUUUCACAGGCGUAGCCCUGCUGCAAUGUACUGUACACAAACAGCAUGGCUGCUUCCACAGCGAACUGUAGAACACACACCCUAACUGAGUUCGCCUUGUGAUGAAAUAGAGUGACAGCGUCACCCUCCAGAAUUAACAAUAAGCCCUUUUUGUAGUUUCUAGCAAGUCGUUUGAGGUUCACACUGGUAUUUCCAUCUUUAGUGUUAUGUGAUUUGGUUGGUUUAGUUACCGUUGAGGAUAACGAAGUCUGCUUUGUAUUUUUUAUAUUAGCGUCGAAUUCCUCCUUGUUCCGCGGAAGUGACAUGCCGGGAACUCCCUCUGUAACAUAACCAGCUUUCUCUUCCUGACUCACUUUCAGUUUUCCAUAACGGUAAUUUCCUUAAAAAUGUGUCCGUCGCUAGUCGGUUGGAGAUUUGACCGAUCUUUAAAGAUUUUAUUUUGCUGUGCUUUGGAAAUGAAAAGAUAAUGUUAGUCAGUAGGCCUUGGGUCUCUGCUAGUGAUUAAACUCGCUUGUUGAGGUCCCCGCAGCCGAAAAAGCCAUGAACUUACACGGAGUUUGUUUCAUUAUUCAUUGGGUUUUCAGUGCCUGGUUCCAGUUCACUGACCCUUAUUUCCUGUUGCGUCUCCUUGGCCCCACUAUACUUAACCACCUUGAGCUCAAUGACCCAGUUGAUACUUUUUCACAAGAGACAGCCAAUGACUUGAAAAUAGUCCGCAGCUGAUGUGCAUAUUUGACAAAUUAUUCUGAUCACCUGAGAACCGUUCUCUCAUAGUGUAGUGGUGGUAACCCAAAAUGCCGGUGGUCCAACCUUCGAGGACAAUUUUUCAUGACUGAAUGGCUCGUAGCGGAGCGUCCCCUGACGUUUCUAUCUGCUCGAGAAUUGUGCUGGAUAUUGUCCGCUUGCUAUCAGGAUAAAAAAAUUGGCAACCGUGAUCAAAUAAGAAAAAAACGGCACAGUCAUACAUAGCCUUCGAUGCAGAUCCUAAAAAGACAGUCAAGUAGGGUGUCUUGUAGAGGUGGGCGGAUUAUUGCAGACCACUGUUAAGUAAUAAUUUGAGAUACACCUUACCUGCGUGAGUUGAGAGGAAGCUGUUCUCGAAAGGGUUCUGGUAGGAUUGUACCUUGAGCACAGUAGAAGAUAAAUUCAUAACCCACAGUUUCCAAGAAUCGCACACUUUCGAGCGGAUACAUUCGAAGAUGGCAUAGUGUGUUCUGAGGUCGCAAUUUUUCCCACCUGACGAAUUGUCUUCACUAUACUGUUUACUCAAAUCGGUAAAACUCGGAGAGCUGAAUGUUUGAGGCCGAAUUUGAAGGGAGCGGGCCAUCUUAGUUACAUUCUAUGAAUAUCGAAGGCAAAGCGAUAGGACGACAAGAUGAGGCCAAAAAAUUGUGAUGGAACUGUCAUGUCGUAAGUGUGGACGGCGAUCGCCUCAUCGAGUAGCAUUAUUAUGGCGAAGUAACUGAAGGCGGUUGUAGAGAAGGCGGGCAAAGUGUCGUUACGCGAACACUUUGAACACCUCUACUAAGUAUUUUUAAACCAAUGCGAAGACCUCGGAGGACCACGAUCAAGAUCGACAGACAUAACGUCUUGCCAUAAAAAACGGAGCAGUCGUUAUCGAGGCCAAAUGCAUAGUCGCUGUCCAGGCGAAGAGACACCCACAAAACUGGAGUGUCACGGACCAAUGACGUGAACAUUCAAACCCUUCUUUCGUGUUGACGUACGUUUCGGAUACGUAUCGGCCCCCUUCGACAUCUGCGGGCCGAGUGUAAUGUCAAAGUAAAAUCCCACAAUGCAUCAUCUCUCUUGUCAUCACUAUCGACAUAAAUAUGGACCCAAAUCCUAGCUGUCAGCAUGAGGACUGUAUAAACUCCUCACGCAGAAGCUUGGCCAGUCAUUCGCGAAUUCAUCGCAUGCAUUAUCGUUUUCAUAAAGGUACCGUCGUUUGCUAAACUGUAUUUCAUCUACGUCAACAAUAUAUGACCUGCUGUUCAAGACGCCCAGUCCUUUAUCUGUGCCGAAGAUGUCAAAUGCAUUUGUUAUUUCUCGAAACUUCCUAUGCAGUGUUGCUUAAAACAAACCAAUUUCGAUAUCUUUGCGCUUGAUCCGCAAAGCUCAGCAUGGCUAACGUAAUUCUCCCCCAAAUGCUGCCACAUGUGUUUUGUAUCUAUCCUAUAAAAGCUAUUUUGCUUAUCAUUUUCUAAGGUUUAUUAAGAGAGGAUUUCAUAGUUUUAAGACAAUAUUCACACCCGCCUUUUCCUUGAUGGUAUCUUUUCUACAAUUUCCAUCGAUACCAUAGUCAGCCUACAUUUCCCCACACAAAAACUCUACAACGGCCGAUUUUCCUGUGAUGUUAAGCAAUGAAUUUAGUUAAAUAUAAUCGUUGAAAUACCCAUCGGUCCAGCUUUGAAUGCCUUCAUUCUUAGUUUAUCGUACGCCAACUCAUCACAAUGAGUUUAAAAGGGGUACAAACACGGAAAUGAAGAUGUGGAUUUUCAUGUGGGAGCUUGUGUGGGCUUUGAUGUUUUCGUCUUUCGGCAGAGGCGAAUUUAACUUAUUAUUUUGGAUACCAUAUCUGAGUUUUUAUCCGUAAAUUGUUGAUAUUUGCAAAAAUGCGACUUCGGUAUCCCCUCGCCCUACUUAUUCCACUAUUCUUUUCUUGCACCCGGUAUUUGGUCCUGAAAACCCUAUUGAUACAAACAUGAAAUUCUGCGCAAGGUCUGGUCUGAUUAAAUGAUGCAUGAGUAUUUCAAAAACUCAGGUCGUUACUUCCUUCGCAAAACAAAUCUUUUAAACUGCCCGAAAAACUGCACUGUAAGUCUUCUAAUACACUGCUUUUCUCGCGAAGCAUUCGGAUAUCAGCAAUCAUGGUGAAGUUAACGACGGACCUCGUCGAAGGGGCAAUGCAGCACACAAACCCCUUGAAAGAUCGUGAAUUAGAUUUGCGGGGCUACAAAGUCCCCGCAAUUGAAAAUUUGGGCAGUACCCUCGACCAGUUUGACACUUUGGAUUUUACUGACAAUGAAAUACGCAAGUUGGAUGGUUUUCCACUGCUUUUGAGGUUGAAGGCCCUUAUCCUUACCGAAAACAAGGUAAUAAACGUUUUGAACACAAAUUUUGUUUUGUUUACGUUUUCCGGAUUUUUGCUUCCGAUAUGCAGAUGACUUUCAGCCAGUUCCUGAAGACAGCAAACUAGCCUGGGGCCAGCCCGUACAGUUAAUCUGGGGCUAUUUUAGGGAUUAAAUGACUCCUCGCAGUAGUCCCUGCGCUCAUAAAUUGUCUGGCUGUCUUAUCACGUCAGUGCCGUUCGUGACAUUAUGUCCAGGUUACUUAGAAGGCUGUGCUCGGUCAGCCGGUUAGUAAUCGCACACAAACCCCGCAAAUGUGAACUGAUAGUCCAGGCAAAGUCAGGAGUUAGUGCAAUUUUAUCGAAAUCCUGAGACUGCCUUGUUGAAAGUCUGCGGGCGUUUAUGACUUCUGGUUUGUAUUGCUUCCAUGCCAAUAUACUCCUUUAUAUUCAUUUAGAUAUACUGCCUCGUUCAUUGGUGUAGAUUUUGGGUGUUAUUAACGACCUGCAGUAUAUCUCAUUUACGGUUUCGCGCUAGCUUCUGUGGUUCGUCUUAGGGUUCAGUGUUUUCCACUCACUGCAAAUUUGUCUCCGUAAUUUACGGCCUUUCUAUCAUUAGUGUCUGUAUGCUGUAGGCGCGCCGGAUAGUAGCACAAGUGUUGACUGUCACGUCGACUUGAGGUGCUCUUAUUCCACUUAUGUAUUUUGGUUUAAAUACGGGAGUAAGAUAAAUAUUUAGGGACUUGACAACUAGUCAGCACCUAGCCAUUUGGGACAGUUUGCAUCACGGGCGUUGACAAUAUCAUGCCUUAACUAUAGUGUCCAGUUCGAGCAAUCAGAUCCCUUUGUUUGCCAUUAAGACAAAGUUGGGUAUCACUAUACGAUCAAAUAUUUUGUUUUCUACGGUUUUUUAUGAGUUAAGAUAAUCAUGCUAGUGGAAAUCAUUUGCAUCACCCACUUCUCAUUAAAACAUAUAACGUCAGAUGCACGCUUUUGACCUGUUCACAGCUUAUGCGGACGCUCUAACAACCUCUAAAUAUGCUUGUUUUUCUGACUCGUUCACAAGCACUAGUCCUGUUUAACAAGUGAACUGGAUUUACGCAUGACCACUUAUUGAACGGGCAACCGUCCAUGUUACUGUUUCGUAACUUUGUCGACACUGGCGUAUCCUAAACACCCUUACGACUACUUGCUAAGAAUGACUGCGUUGCAUUUGCAAUCUCUUCCUUUCUUGGUUGUGACACGAAAACUGUCAUUUCCUUCUGAACUAUUCGUUGGGAGGCCAAACGACUUCGAGUCGCUGCCACUAAUACGUGCUCACGCCAGAACCAUUGUGGCCUUUCAGUGCAUUCACCUGAUUACGAGGCCCACGUCCGUCCUAAAAUCGUCCUAUGAUUUCUGCAUUUCUAAACGCUGGGACCAUUCGUAAUAAUCGGGUGCGUGUCUCGCCCUGCACAAACCAUAGCCCACGACAUAUUGUGGCACAUGUUGACUGGGGCAUUAUAGCCUCCCUCGCCCUCCCUCCAGCACUGUUUUAAGUCCCGAGUCUGUUUUGGCGUUGAAAUCAGAGGGAGGAUGAGAAUGGGGACACAGUUCUUCGCUUCCUUGUCAUUUUCAUGAACUACUCAUUUUCAUUUAUGAAUAUGUUCCACGUCAAGAACAAUAGAUAAGGGCCUUGCGACCCAUGAAGUUCCUGCCAACUACUAAUAAACUGUCGUCUAUCCGUUUUUAAAGGUUGCCUGUUUGUGUCAUCAUACUCUAUUAUGGGAAAAUUGGUUAAUAGUUCAACAAAAGUCCCCCCUGUCCCCCUUUUGCGCCUGAAGUCCUUUGAUAGUCCUUGUUAGUUUGCAAUCAAGACGCCCUCAUCUCUCAAAGUCUCUCUUGUCCUUUAUCAUUAUUUUUACACUAGCUCGAAAUGUUCCACAUGCUUGAUGUUAACUGCAGCUUUGUUUCACAGAUCGUGCGUAUCGGGGAUGAUCUUGUCUCGUCAAUACCAAAUCUGGAGACUUUAAUUCUAACAGACAAUAAUAUCGCUGAACUGAAGGAUUUGGAUCCCCUUGCCUCGCUGACAAAACUUAACUUCCUUUCACUGAUUCGGUGUCCAGUAACAAUGAAACUCAACUACCGCAUUUACGUGAUCGGUCGUAUUCCGCAGGUACGCUUUCUAUCUCAAGUUUAUUGUAAGUUCCUCGUUUCUGUAAUGCUUCGGGCGUUGUCAUUUUUUUGCUUUUCGUUAAUCUGGCUGAAUUAAGUCGGUCAUCCUUUGAUGACAGUCAUAACGCUUUCGAUGGUUUUGUUCAACGUUUCCUAUCUUUGCUUAUGCGUCAGUCACAAUUAUCGCCAAUUUUGCUGACCCUGAAAAUCAUCUAUGCCAUUUAAAGUGUACGUUGACCGCAGACUAUAAACACUUGUGUGACCUCAGGGUUAUCUGUAUAAGUAAUGACCAACCCUAAAAAGGGACAAAAGGUUGUCUACAUUGCAGUCAUGGAGAGCCGAGGAAUUUUCUGCACAGACAGGGUUUACAGUUCCGACCAGCGUCUGAGCCUCGAAACUAAUACAAAAAUUGACGGUUCCAGGUGUGGUUUUAUUCGGUGCUGGGCACUAUUUACCACUUAAUUCGUAUAAGUCAUCCUCAUCCCAAACGGUGACUAGCCGCGUCUGAAAGUGCCGCAAAUCCUAAUGACCCCCACAUAUCUACUACUGAUUCUAAGUGUUGACAUCAAGACUUGGAAGCACUAGUGCCGCAUCAAAAUACUUCCGAAGGAGCUGCUAGCAGGAUCUGAUUUCUAGGCUUUUUAAACUUGAGCGGAUAUUAGCUUGCGAUUAGUAACACCACUCUUACAGCUCAGGUACCGCUCGUUAGGAGGCUUGACUUAUUGAUCCUGGGGUUUAGAUACCCUAUCCUUGUAGUACAAAACGCUGCCGAGGACAAUAUCGUAAGCAAGAUUUGACGAGGGGAGGAUGGAACUAGACGUGCCUGCAGUUUGCAUUAUGCAGCACCGAGUCUUGCCCCCAUAAGUAUUUAAAAGGUUGGAUGAUUUCAUGAGAAUCCUGGCAAAUUCUAACUAUUUAUUUCAUUAAAUCUAUGAAUACACCUAGCGGUACGGAGUUGGUAAGGGGAGACUACAGUGCCUGCUUCCCGUUGGCGCAAUUUCACUGAACAAAAAUCAUUUAUUACCCCCUCUUUGAUCACCAGCAUGUUAACUAGUACGACUGCUUCGGCAGCCUAGAAGGUCCUCGUCACUCUUCUUUUCAUACCACGUUGUUGGUCUGAAAACUGUUAAUUUUACGCGGUAGUCCAUGGCUAAUUCACACGCUAAGUCUUCCAGAGGGGCGUCUUCCACGUCGAGUUGAAUUCGCUAACUCUGAAUCCAAACUGAAGUGCAACCGACUCGGUUUUGCGACGAUGCAAAUUGGAAAAACAAAGACCCUGCUGCAUCAAAUUAACAGGAGCUCUAGGUUGCAGUAGCAGAUAACUCUGCUCUACCCACUGAAAUUCCUCUACUCGUGUUACUGUGCUGAGUCCAACAACAGCCUCGUAUUAUGUCUUUAUGCCCCCUACUCCUAACUUCCACGUCUUGCAUUUCUGUGACUCGUGGUCGCAUGAAUGGCAUUCCCUAUUACCAUCAUUUCUUUAGGAUUAGUUCGUAACCCCUUCCCGCAAACUUGUGGAUUUAUAACAGUUCUCCCAUUUUGUCGGGGUUAUCUUUCAGCACGCCUACGUCUUUCUAUCCCCAUCAUAUCGCGUUUCAAAGGCCCUUUUUAGCGUUCCGCGUUCUCAUUCUUUUCUAUGCAAACAUAGUCGUUCUCUGCCUUGUGAAGAAAUUUGCGCUAGCCUACAGAAUCUUAGUUUUUUAGCCACCUGUUAAACAGUAAAAGUACAGCUAAACGCUAUGUCCAAUAAGGACGGAGACAUGUUUGAGGGGCGAUGAUAUUUGUUAAAUGCGCCAACCGCCCAGGCUGGAUAAAGUCGGAUGUACUUCUAAGAAAUAUUGGGUUUGGGGCCAGUGGUCACAAGCGUCCACCCGCCUUCGCCACACAACUGCGUCCUCAUGCUGUCUCCCUAACUUUUUUAAAACCAUCUUUAUUCUCUGCCCUCCGGAUUUCAGUAGGGUUUACUUUUUCGAAAAACAGAUUCGUUUCCUCGACUUCCGACGGGUAACCCUAGCGGAGAGGAAACAGGCUGCGUCAUUUAUGAAACACCUCGCUCCCCUACCGGCCUCCUCCGCAGUUAACGCCGGCACCAACAACGCCAGCACAGCAGCAAGAGGCACCACCAACGUGAAGACCUUCGUUCCUGGAGCGCCGGUAGGCCAAUUAGAAAAAGCCACUAAUGGCGCCACCGACGGCGCUGCAGCUGGUGGUGAUAACGAUGGCAAGGCUGGCGACGAAGGGGCGGCGGGAACCAAUCAGAAGACGCAGGCGAAUACCAAUCAGCAGAGGAACUUCCAUCAGGCUACACUGCAUGCAGGCGUGAAACGUGUUAUGCUGAGUGAGAAAUGCUUCUUUCUCUUUAUCUCCAAAUCCCGAUACUAGACCAUCCAACCAUGUGUACUGCUAAAAAAUCCCCACCAUCAACACAACAUUUUGCUACGUGAUUGCGCUAACCUUACUGAGUUUAGGGCUUAGUCGGCCAAUCUCUAGAGGGAGGAAGGGAUGAGGUCGACAAACCCCAGAGCUAUGUUGGAACCCUACCGAAGUGAGUAGCCUAGGGAAUCGACCGCAUGGGGAUGGUAAUGAGCCAGUUAUUACUUGUUGUUUGUACUGUCUCGGCCUUCUUGCAUGCUGACACUUGCAUGUGUCGGUGACCGGUUUAAUAAUUUUGCCAUGUGAUUUGCGGUUUCUUUGGAAUCGUGAGUACGGGCGAGUCCCUAACAGUCGCCCAACUUGCUUCUUUGAGACCGUCUGUCGUUCUGAAUCAAAACGAUGGUGGCAAGCAAACUUAUUUAGUGAUGGUUUACAGUCGGUAUAUCCACGCUGCCGUCAUCGGAUUUUGCGGCUUUUUUAUGUUAGUCGGCAUGCCAGAUCUCAACCAGUCACGUCCUGGUAGCACUGCCGUUGCCAACCAGCUUAUCAUCAGAUAGGGCAUCCUACUUAUUUAGCCAAUCGUCACUAAAGGUCGUUGCACUCCGUUCUCUAUCGACGCGCUAGGUAGCCAGAAACUGGGUCUACUAAUGAACCCGUCUUUCCAGGCAAUAUAUAUCUGCCUGCAUCAAGCACAAUUUACUGUCUCGUGUAGACGGGGCCGCCAAAUCUGAUCGACGUUUAAAUCUACGUCACCUGCGGCGCGCCGGUUAGUGGUCAGUUAGACUAAUGGGGAACCUGUCUUCCAGGCUGGGGCCUUAGUUGAGUCUAGCAGUUUUGUGUGCAAACGGCACCGAGCUUACAUGAGAUAACUUCAGUAGCUGUUUCUACUUGACGCUACAGUUAAACAUUUUAUUUAAUAUCUCAUGAACUUCGACGCCUUCUUUUCGGGCAUACCCUAGAACAACUUCCGAUACUUAAUAACAUACUCUGAACUUGUUUUUUGUUAUAAUUAGGCAGGCUAUAAAAUUUGCAGCCAACGUCUGAGUAGUUACUUUGUUGGUGAAAAAUUCGGAGUUUUUUUCCAGAGGACGUCUCUUGGCAUGUUCUAGACCACUGCUGAUUAUUUAUCAUUGGUGGCGGGCCUUUGGGCAUCAUAGCUGGCUGUCGGACUUUUGAUUCCGGUUUGUUAGCCACACCAAGCCCACAAAGCUUCAGGAUUAUUCCUGUCGCCUCUAAAUCGUUCUCCGCAUAGAGUAUCGGGAACCAGAAGUUCGGUUUUACUCGCCCGACCUCUGAGAGUUGGGCUUCCUGAGACACUUGCGUAUGAAGGAUUUUGGAUAACCGUUAGCUCCGAAAGAACAUGUGUUUCACCUCCCUGCCAUUGUUGUCAGCACAGUGCGUGGAAGCGUGUUGGAGGAGAGUUCUGACAUAACUGCCUUUGUAACUCACGGGCUGAUUGCUUCUGAAGUGGAGAGUACGCCUAAUGUUAGUUUCUUUACGGUAGACCGUUGUCUUUAUCUUCCCAUAUUCCAGUUUGGUAACUUGUGCGUCAAGGAAGGACAGAUGCGUGUCGGCUUAUUUCAUGCUAGACCGGAUGUUGCGGGAGAUUGAAUUCAACAGUGUCUUGAGAGUCUGCAUGGCACUCUCUUUGAUUAUGACUAAUGUGUCCAUGAAAUCUGGCCGAGCCUGAAAAGGUUUGUCCCGAUUUAUUUACUCCAAGUUAGUUUUUUUAAUUCUGAGGAGAUGAAAAAGCUGAAAUGAAACUUGUUUGUCAAAAGAGUAACACCACGUUACCUUUUACCUAUACUUAUAUAUGAGAAGAAAAGACGAUCUCGGGAACCAGAGUUUUACUGUCCUGACGUUUCAAAAGCAAACAAGCUUCCAUUGUCGGAGGUGAGUGUGGUAUCGCGCCUCGCAGUAUUUAUAGGUGGGGGACAUUUAUGUCAAGGCGGGUUUUUUACAUAUGAAGUCAGGGCGGCAGGGAGGAAGAGGCGAGGAGGGAGUCCUAGAGCGUUUUUUUGUCGGAUGAGGGGAUGGGGGAUCAGCUUUAGUGGUCACCAGCCGCAUGCACACAGGGACUGUGGCGGACGGGGGGGGAGGGAGGAAGGGGGACGGAAUGUACUCAACCUACAUCGGGGGCCGGCUUUGAAACGUUGGUGGCCGUCGUUCGUACCUUCAUUGACCUUAGCUGUCGUCCAAGGCUGGCACUCUUGUUUACGCCGCAACGACUGUCCGCCCUCUCGUCCACCGGACUAGUAGAUGGAACGGCUGUGGUGACGACUGCGCCUUCGUCGGAACCAGGUUGAGGGAUGGCUGAGUGUGUAUCCGCCAUGGACUCGCUCAUGUUUGGAUUCAUGUCUAGCCCGGAUUCACGUCUGCCCAUUUGUUUACUGAGUUGCGCCCGAGGGGCAUGGUAGGCAUCGGGAAGAGCCGCACGACGGUUGAUGGAGGUUGUCCCCGUGUACCAAGCCUCGAUUGUUUCUCUGGCUAUGUGGUCUUUUCCUCGGCCCAGAAUUUCGGCAUGCUUGAAGGCGAACGUGUGUCCAGAAUCGGCGCAAUGUUCGGCCACCAGAGACAAUGGGUCUAUUCUCCUUACUGCUCUCAUGUGCUCUCCAGCACGGGUCUGUAAUCGUUUUCCGGUCUCCCCAAUGUAGUUGGCUUCGCAGGGGUUACACUGAAUCUGAUAAAUGACGUUCAUGGUUUCACCUAGUGGCAGGGGUGGCCUUAGGUCUCAUGACCAGAUGUCGAAUUGUUGACUCCGGUCGGUGGACGAUGCCGAUCCCCAGCGGUCUUAAGAGACGGAAGGCCGCCUCAGAAACGCCGUCGAUGUACGGAAGCGUCCAACAUUUAUAUAUAAUGGUAACUAUACGCUCAUCGAUCGUUUCUAUGGAACUCACUCGUCCCGUUGUGCCUUAGGGCUCAUGGCCCGGUGAGUAGAGGCCCGGUGAGUAGAGGCGUUGACUUCUAAACCAACAGGUCGCGAGUUCGAGGCUCGGGUGUUCCACACUUCGGGCUUGGGUAUGGCUGGCUGACGACGGCUAAUAAGCCAGAAAUGGCCAUUCCAGUCUCCCUUGUCUUUGUCGGUAAUAUCAUUCUGCAUAUAUAUAUAUAUAUACCCAGGUGCGGCUUCGGCCGUGCCAGCCUCCAAAUCUCUGUUGUGUUGGUUGAAAUCCUGGUUAUUGCUGUGUGGACCAGGGGGUGUGGUGGAACGCCAAGGUGAGGAUCCGUCCGAGCCAUCCACCUGCGGCCUCGCUCGUCUCCGGUCUUCUUGACUCUGUCUUGACACCGGGUCCAGGCGGGGGAGGAGGAGAGAGUGUAGGUAGAUGCUACGCAAGUCUACCGGCACUAUAAACCCCUGCGUAAGUCACCGUCCCUGCUCCCAUUGCUGCUGCAACUGUGGGGCACACGGUGGACAUCAUCGAAACCGAUGGUCGAACUGUCAUAUAUAUAUAUAUAUAUAUAUAUCGUUUCUUUCUUCCAUAUGUUUGCACAUGCGCUAAUGUUGCCGGCCAUACUCUAAUUGAAGACUCAACUGACACGCAUUACCGAAAAGUCGGUUCUUUCCGUGAAGUUUGCUGACCAUUCAUGCCUCAACUGUUUUGAUUCAUCUACCACAUGUUGCGCUCGGCACAUAGCAAUCCUUCUUAUUUAUGUUCUCGCAUUUUUCCUCCUUCAGGUGGGGGCAGCAAUCAAGACCUGUUGGCCAUCCAGGACGCCAUAAAACGUGCCAAAACAAUGGACGAGGUGGAACGCCUGCACCAGAUGCUCAGCAGCGGCCAGUUUGCCGGAUUCGCGGCCCAUUGGCAUAAGCAGCAGAAGCGCUGA